AUGGCAACGAGAAUCAGCGCCUUAUCUGUCAGAGAACUGGAAAAUUCCUUCGUACCCAAGUUACUGAAUUGCAAAAGCACAAAAGGGUUGAAGAAAAUUCACGCUCAGAUUGUGAAGCUCUCGUUGUCACAGAGCAAUUUCUUGCUGACAAAAAUGGUGGACGUGUGUGAUAACAGUGGGGAUUUGCGCUACGCUGGUUUGCUAUUCGAACAAGUUAUGGAGCCAAACGUGUUUCUGUUCAACGCCACGAUCAGAGCUUAUACGCAUAAUCAAAUGUAUGAUUUAGCAAUCAAUUUGUAUAAGCAAAUGCUGAGAGAAGCAGAGAACCAAAAACUUCCUGACAAAUUCACGUUCCCAUUUGUGAUCAAAUCUUGCGCGGCGAUAUUCUGUGAAGUUCUGGGGAGGCAAGUUCAUGCCCAAGUGUGUAAAUUUGGGCCGAAGUCGCAUUUACUGAUUGAGAAUGCUUUGAUGGAUUUGUAUUUGAAAUGUGAUAAUUUAGCAGAUGCACACAAGGUGUUUGACGGAAUGUCUGAACCGGAUGUCAUUUCUUGGAAUAGUCUCCUUUCUGGGUAUGUUAGAUUGGGGAAGAUGAGAGGGGCAAGGGCAGUGUUUGAGGAAAUUCCUAACAAGACUAUUGUGUCUUGGACAGCAAUGGUUUCAGGGUAUACGGGAAUCAGGUGCUACGCCGAAGCUCUGGAUAUGUUCCGGCGAAUGCAAAUGCUGGAUAUUGAACCUGAUGAGAUUAGUAUUGUUUCUGUUUUGCCGGCUUGCGCACAGCUUGGAGCUCUUGAGGUUGGGAAAUGGAUUCACAUGUACUCGGAAAAGAAGCUGCUAUUGCAGUCGGUUUGUGUUUGCAAUGCCCUGAUUGAAAUGUACGUGAAGUGUGGCUGCAUUGAUCAGGCUUGGCACUUGUUUGAUCAGAUGUUGGAGAGGGAUGUGAUUUCUUGGAGUACCAUGAUAGCAGGGCUGGCGAAUUACGGGAAAGCUCGCGAAGCAGUUGAACUGUUUCGAGAGAUGCAAAUAGUUAAGGUUGAACCGAAUGGUGUUACGUUUCUAGGUCUUUUAUCAGCCUGCACACAUGCUGGUUUAUGGAAUGAGGGAGUUAAGUACUUCGAUUCCAUGAGAGAAGAUCAUAAUAUAGAACCAGAAAUCGAGCAUUAUGGUUGUUUAGUUGAUCUUCUGGGACGUGCCGGACACCUUGAUCAGGCUUUUGACAGAAUAAACAAGAUGCCGAUGAAUCCAGGCUCAAAGAUUUGGGGUUCGUUGUUAAGUUCCUGCAGGACUCAUUGCAAUCUCGAGAUUGCCAUUACCGCAAUGGAGCACCUUUCGGUGCUUGAACCAGAUGAGGCAGGGAACUAUGUGCUACUUUCCAAUAUAUAUGCAGACCUAGGGAAGUGGGAGGAUGUGUCAAGGAUGAGGAAACUUAUAAGAAGUAAGAGCAUGAAGAGAACCCCAGGUUGCAGUUCGAUCGAGGUUGACAAUGUGGUUAUGGAAUUUGUGGCCGGCGACGAUUCAAAACCAUUUGCGAGAGACAUCUUUUCCAUGCUAGAGCUGCUUCUUUCGGAGCAGAACAUACCAGAUGAUACGUUAGACGCUACACCAGAGGACUGCAGUCAACUUUUGUGUUAAUUCGGGAUACACUCAGGCUGAGAAGCGCCCAGAAAAACAAAACUAUGAGGAGGCCAACGGCCGAGGAAAAUGGUGUUAGAACUAUCAAGACAAGUAGGAAACUGGCGACGACGAAAGAUUUCCAACCAAUACAAAAUGACACCACGACAACAAAAAUAUCGGAGAUUCAAAAGCAAAGUUGAUCAGUUUCAUUGAUAUAAACUCCCAUACCACAGAAAAAAAAACAUACAAAUCCUACUCCUAGCGGAACUACUGAGCA